AUGAUGCGGCGGUUUGUGAACCUCGUGUCGCACAAGUGGUGCGGCCGCGUGGACAGCAGCAGCAGCAUCUACUCGCUGCACCGCCUCGACGUCGCCGACCACCUCUUCUACCCCUCCACGGCCGACGCCGAGAAGGCGAAAGCAGAAGCGGCGAACAAGGAGGAUGAAGGAGCAGCCAGCUGGCCACCGGCGAUACAGAUGCUGAGGCAGCUGCCCGCGCCGACCAUGACAUUCCAGGCGGCGUCCAGGGCUCUCCAGGUCGACGCCGACGUGCGGUUCUUCGCGCUGCUCAGCCCCCGCGACAGCGAGGGCCGGAUCAUCUUCCGCAACAAGCUGGGCCCUUCCAUCCUCUACGACGCCGACGCCAACUGCGUCACCGCCAUGCCCGUCCUCGCCGGCCAGCUGGGGGGCCACUCCAUCACAAUCUCCCUCGCCCACCCCGACGCCCCCGAGCUGCAGGACCUCUACGUCAUGCACUCCGACGCCAGUACGGAUUGGGACACCUGCUGCUUCGGCGUCCUCCGCUUCGGCGACCGCCACCCUGACGACACCAUCGACCUCCGCCGGAAGGCCUGGUGCUGGGACCCUCUCCCGGCGCCGCCGCUGGGCCCGUGCACCCGCAUAUGCUCCCAUGCGGUGUGUUACGAUCCUGGAUAA